AUGCUGGGUCUUGUCCCCUCCUCAUCCUCCUCCCACCUCCUCUGCCGCAGCCUCGCCGCCGCCAGGACGCUCUCUGUCGCCGCCGCCGGAUCCUCCUCCUCCUCCUCUUCCGUCAAGAUGGCGCGCUCGGCGCUGGACGAGGUCACCGACACCGGCGCCUUCGACCGGACGCCGUCCACCUUCCGGAGCUUCGUGUCCAGGGACGCCUCCGCCCGCUUCCCCGCGGUGGCGGGUAGGUACCACCUCUACGUCUCCUACGCCUGCCCCUGGGCGUCCCGCUGCCUCGCCUACCUCAAGCUCAAGGGCCUCGACCACGCCAUCAGCUUCUCGUCCGUGAAGCCCAUCUUCGAGCGGACCAGGGAGUCCGACGACCACCUGGGGUGGGUGUUCCCGGCCACCGCCGACGAGGUGCCCGGCGCCGGCCCCGACCCCUUCAACGGCGCCAAGAGCGUCAGGGAUCUGUACGAGAUCGCGAGCACCAACUACACCGGCAAGCCAACUGUUCCCGUGCUGUGGGACAAGCAGCUGAAGACGGUGGUGAACAACGAGAGCAGCGAGAUCAUCCGGAUGCUCAACGCCGAGUUCAACGACAUCGCGGAGAACCCCGGGCUGGACCUCAACCCGGCGCACCUCCAGGCCUCCAUCGACGAGGUCAACGGCCUGGUCUACGACGCCAUCAACAACGGCGUCUACAAGUGCGGCUUCGCCAAGAAGCAGGGGCCAUACGACGAGGCCGUCACGACGCUGUACGAGGCUCUGGACAAGUGCGAGGAGAUCCUGGGCAAGCAGCGGUACAUGUGCGGCAACCAGCUCACGGAGGCCGACGUCCGCCUCUUCGUCACGCUCAUAAGAUUUGACGAGGUUUACGCCGUUCACUUCAAGUGCAACAAGAAGCUCCUGAGGGAGUACCCCAACCUGUUCAACUACACCAAGGACAUCUACCAGACCCCCGGGAUCAGCAGCACGGUGAACAUGGAGCACAUCAGGAAGCACUACUACGGGAGCCACCCCUCCAUCAACCCCUACGGGAUCAUCCCCCAAGGCCCCAACGUCGACUACAAUGCCCCACAUGACAGAGAAAGGCUGUUCCUGUAA